AUGGAUAUCCGCACUUCGAAAGCCCAGCUGACCUACCCGCUUUAUGCCUGCGACUUUGACGCGCAGGAUGCCGGCCGCCUUGUUGUCGGUGGAGGUGGCGGCUCCAGUCGUACGGGAGUGGGAAACUGCAUUACAGUGCUCGAUUCCUCGUCCGCCAGCAAUAGCAGCCUCGCCACAGUCGCCGAGAUCGAGCUCUCCAAGGACGAAGACAACGUGACGAGCCUGGCUGCAGGGCCUCGAUUUGGCCAAACGACGCUCGCCUUUGCUGGUGUGAACUCGAGUCCGGCGGACCAGAAGAAGGGCAAGAACGAGCACUUCCGCGUGUUUAGCAUUGACACAAAUGUCCCGGCUGCAGCUGCCGAGGACGCCAACACCCCCGGGAACAUCACCGAGCUGGCACACGCCUCGUUCUUUGCACCCUUGCCGGCCGAGCAUGCCAACCUUCCCGACGACACAUACCAGCGCCUUGUGCGCUUGUCGGCGCCCUUUUCCGACGGCCACGGCAGCACCCUGCCCCAGUUGGGCGCCUGUGCCACAGGCCUGGCCCGUGCCGGCACCUCGCAGAUCGUGCUGUUCGACGUGGCUCCGGCAGCGUCCGGCUCGACGCCCAGCUCGGCGCUGCCACACGUGCGCUGUCGCAUCGAGCAGCUGCCCAAGGAGGCCACCGACCUGGAUGUCGUCCAGACGGACGUCGAUCGGUACCAGCUGGCCUUUUGCAACGAGCACGAGCUGUUCCUGUACGACGUGGCGGCCAAGGACGGCGGCAGCGAGAAGCCCGUCCUGGCCUAUACCAUUCCGCUGGACGUGGCCAGCGGUGCCACCGAGCGGCCGGUCUUCCGUGCCCUCCGCUACGUGACGCCACAGUUUGUGCUCGUGGCCCUCAACAUGCCCAGACGCACGGGUGUACGGCUGAUGGGCCUGCGACUACCAAACAGCCUCCCGGCCAGCGCGCCUGUCAGCGAGAGGAGCGGCAAGGCGAAGCCCGUCAACAUUGCCCGCACGACCACCGUGCACAUUGCCGUCCCGCGGUCGAUCCUGACCCAGGCGACGGCGCUGACCGUGCGCGGCCUAACACAGCCGGCGACACCUGGUGGACGCCUGGGCGACGCCCAGUUCGUUGUCGCUGUCGCCGGCGCGCCCGAUAACACUAUCGCGCUGUACACGCUCGAGCAGCAGGUUGUCGGGUCCGUCGAGGCGCUGGCGAAGCUGUAUCCGUUUCGGACCCUGCGCCAGGUGCACGAGCUGCAGAUGACGAGCUUGGCCCUGUCGCCGUUUGUCCCGCCGUCUGCUCCAACUGCUUCGGCCACCUCUUCGCCUUCGGCCUUCAUCCGCCUGGCCAGCGUGUCCGUCAAGAACACCGUCGUCGUGCACCACAUCCCGCUGCGGACGCUGCCGGGAACCGCCGCGCCGUCGCGCUACGUGGUGGCGCUCAAGUCGCGAGGCCCGUCCGGCAUGUCGCUGUACAUCUUCAUGGCUGUCGUGAUCGUCCUGAUUGGCGUUGUGUCACAGAGCCUGCUCGAGAUCCGCGGGGCCGCACCCGUGGCCUCUCUGCUGCGCGGCGACGUCGCCCACGACGACGACGUCGCGCCACCCGUGCUCUUCUUGCGCGGCGAGGACGCCGACCACACCAUCGAGGUGGUCACGCACAGCGAGGCUGAACACGGCCCGGCCGUCGCCUGGGACGGCCUCACGCCCGCACAGCAGUCUGCCUGGCGGCAGCGGCUGCAGGACGCCGGACACUGGGGCCAGGACAUGGGCGAGACCGUCUUCCGGGGUGUGCUGUUCAGCGAGCUCGCCGGGGUCGUCGGCGAGAUGGUGAGAUGA